AUGACAGACACACCAACCUCUAAUGGCGCCGAACCACUCCAUCACACCCAAUAUCGCCUACGCGUCACUGCAGGACCAGCAUAUGACCCCUCAACCCACAAGAUCGUCCCCGUCAAUUCUCCAGAAACCCUCACCUUCGAGAACGACCAUAUAAUCCUAUCUCUUGCUGUACGAAUACGCCAUUUCACAGGCUACCCCGCCGACUCCCCGGUAACAUCUUCCUACUUCGAACAUGCCCUGCACAAAAGCGACCAGUAUUCAAUAAGCUUCUCCUUCGUCCCCAAAGUGGACAUACCAGGAAGCGAUCUCGUGUUCGGAAACGACUUCGACCGGCCGUUGAGAGACAGACUUCCACCAGGUGUCAACCAGGCGUUGAAGAUCGUCAAAUGGUGGAUCGAUCCCGGUCUAGACGGCGACGUGUACGCAGAUAAACCGUACUUGUACGGUCCUGCCUUGAGCAGCUGGAACUUCAUGCGAAUAGGAGACCAAGUUGUCAAGAAAGAUGAGGUGAAGGACAAAAACGCCUGGAAAGUCCCGAAUGCGACGUCCUUCCACGAGACGGUGGUCGAAGAAGGAGCCGAUGGGUCGGGCGAAGAAGUAAGGAAAGAUGGUGGUAUACCUGCAGAUGCUGCUGCGCGCAAGAAGUAUUUCCUGACAGAGAGUCACCGCGACGCUUUUGUCUUCGAAGCUGGACGACUCUACCAAGCCGACUUUGGCAACCCGUACCUCGACUUCAACGAUUUCUCUAUGAAACUGCCCGGGUUCAGCCUGAACGUGCUGAGGUACAUUGAUGCAAAAACGCAUGAGCUUAGGUAUACCUUGAAGAACAAGGCGACAGAUGAGGUCUAUGCAGUUGUGCUAUUUACUCUUCUCUUUGGCGAGGAAUUGGAAGAGCUCGAAAGGAAAGAGGGAAAGGCCAAUGUGGACGGGGACGAGAACAACGAUGAUUCCAAAGCUCCCAACCAAGAGCCACCCAAUGACGACGACGAUGUUGAUUGA